AGAGUUUUUAAUAAAAAAUAUUUUUACAAAAAUCUUUGUAUGAAAUGAAGAUAGAAAAUGAAAAUGAAAAUUACAAAGAGGAAUUGAAAGAACCGGAGGAAGAAGUAGAAUAUUUGGAUAGAAAGAGAAAAUUAAAAGAAAUAUUGAAAAGAUGUAAAUAUGUUGAAAAGCCGAAUAAAAAUAAGUCAAGAAAUGUAGAUAAUUCGAAUAAAUUGAUAAAAGAAGAGUUAUUAUUUGAAAGAUUAGUGAAAGAAAAAGAAUUUAAUCAAAAUAAUUUAUUAUCAUGUAAAGUAAUUAGUAAUGAAUCGACGAAUAGCCAUGAUAAAAGAAAACGAAGACCUAAACGAUCAUAUGUAGGACCAGAAUAUUAUUCACAUCUUCCAUCAGGAGUUCCUGAUGUUCUUAAAGAAAAUCUAAUUGUUAUGUUUAUUGGACUGAACCCAGGAAUAGCCACGGUAAAAGCAGGACAUGCAUUUGCAGGACCAACGAAUCUUUUUUGGAAAUUAUUACAUUCUUCCCGAAUAGUUUGUACAGAAACUAGACUUCGACCUGAGGAUGAUGUGAAACUUACAAAAUGGGAUGUUGGAAUCACAAAUUUAGUAUCAAGACCGACUGCAAGUUCUAAUGAAUUAAGUAAAGAAGAAAUGAUUGAAAGUGUUCCAAUUUUAGAAAAAAAAAUUAUAACCUUUUAUCCAUUAUCAGUUUGUAUUGUUGGAAAAGGAAUAUAUGAAGCCAUAUAUAAAUAUAAAACAGGAAAGUCUUUAAGUAAACCUUUUAAAUGGGGUUGGCAACCGCAAAGAGUUGGUAAAUCGGAAAAUUAUGAAGGAGCGUUAGUAUAUGUUGUGCCCAGUACAUCAGGAAGAGAAGCCAGUUAUUCUAGAGAGAUGAAAGAACAUUAUUGGAACAUUUUAGGUGAAUGGGUUGAGCUGAAACGUAAAGAAAGACAGAACCUCGAUAAUACACUUAAAUAAAUUGUCAAAAAUGUAUCAUCAAAUGAAAGCCGUAAAAUGUUAAUA